AAUUGACGUUCUAAAAUGGAAAACCUGUUUGGUCACGCGUGAGUAAACUAUCCACGUUCGAGAAAAUGGUUGUCGCUCAACGUCAAACAACGUCAAGUCCGUAAUUUCAGAGGGAGGAGUUUUAGUUUUGAAGCAGGAAAAAAUGUCACCCAGCGGUGUCAAAGUUUCUCCAGUUGGCAUUGGAUUUUUUGUCUUCAUUGUUGUUGUCGUGUUUUAUUUAACAUUCAACCAUUUUGGAAAAAAUGAUGUUUCAAUUUCUGUACAAGACAACCAUGUCAGCAUGAAAGCCUUGCUGAUAGCAAGCAUCGACGUUGCUAUGAGAGGAGGAAAAAUGGUGAAGGAAGUAAAAGAAUCAGCAGAUCUUGGCGAAGAAAGUAAAGGAGAAACAAAGGAAGGAGUGAAUGAUCCACUGACAAUGGGAGAUAAAUUAUCUCAUCAGGCUAUGUCAACAUCAUUUGCAAGAGGAUUCCCAAAUGUUCCGCUCAUCUCUGAAGAAAAUGACGGCAAGCCUUUUGCUAUGAAUCUGCCACCACUUCCAACGACAAAUUCAGAAGUCGAUAAAAUAGUUGGCUCAAGUGAUGAAGUAGUGCAAGCAGAAGACAUUACAAUUUGGAUCGAUCCUCUGGAUGCCACAAAGGAGUAUACUGAGGAUUUGCUUCAGUAUGUAACAACAAUGGUGUGCAUUGCCGUAAAAGGUCAACCAAUUAUCGGAGUUAUACAUAAACCGUUUUCUAAUGAGACUUAUUGGGCCUGGUUUGAUCACGGUACAAACGUCAAAGAGAAGAAAGAUGUUGGGAAUGAAGGAGAACAUAGAAUCAUUGUUUCUCGAUCACAUGCAGGCACAGUAAAAGAAACUGCACAAAAAGCAUUUGGAGAGGAUGUGGUCGUUGUACCUGCAGGUGGCGCUGGAUACAAGAGUUUAGCGUUAUAUAAUGGUCAAGCAUCAGUGUAUCUUCAUACCACUUUAAUAAAGAAGUGGGACAUUUGUGCUGGCAAUGCUAUUCUAAAUACAUCAGGUGGUAAAAUGACAACUUUAUCUGGGUCUCGGAUAGACUAUUCUAGAUCUGGCGACCCUAAAAAUGAUGGCGGCCUCCUCGCCGCACUACAUAAUCAUGAACAAUAUUUGCAAAAAUUAGGUUAUGCAUAAAAAUAAUUUUUUUACAUACAUUACACAUCCAUGCAUUGAAUUAAAACUUACAAUAACACAAAAUCUAUCAGAUUUUUGAACAAACUUUCUAAAAUCCUAAAUUAUGUUUAGUUUAUCAAAUUUGCCCCAUUUUCCUUUAGAAACUUAGAGAAUAAACAUUAUUUUGCUAAAUUUUGUUCAUCUCAAAAAAACUUAAAAUGAUUGUCUUAUUUGAAACGUUGCAAGAAUUUGGUUCUGAUCUUCAGUUUAUAUUCCAACCCCUGGUGUUAUAGUCAUUGUUUGAUUUAUUUCCCUUGUCUGACAGGGCAAUUGUUUGUUUUGUGGGUGUGUACAAAUAUAGCAAUAUUAUAAAAUGCCAAAUAGUACAUGUGGUAAAUUGCAGUAGACUUUUCUCUUUAUCAGCAAUAGCUGAUUAAUUAUCUAUUUAUUAUUUUAAAUGAAUUGUUAAAUAGUCUGCAAUGCGACCAUGACUUGGUAAAAGAAUUUUGCUCUCUUUUUUUUGUGCAUAAAAUUACAAGUAUAUCAAUGUCUAAUGUUUAGUUUUCGACAACGAUUAAUUAGUAGCCAACCAUAUUUCUGUAUGUUUGCAACAAAACAACCUCGCUUGCGUUAUUCUUUGUUACCUAACUGGCUAACUAAUCCCAUACCCGACAUGGACUGGUAAACGGACUAGAGGCAGUGGUUCGAAUUAAGCGGUCUUAUAACUUUCCUCUCCACCGGGAGUGAAUAUGUGAAUCCUAUCCUACCUUCUGAUAUUAUUCCAAUUUUGUCAUCAAACAACCAUAAAAACAUUUUGGUGCUUCUCUAACAUCAGCUAUAUUUUAGAUAAAUCUCUAUUUUUUUUUCUGUCUUAUUGUGGAAAUGCAAUGCAAUAUAAUGGGAGGCGGACAACUCGGCUACCGCAAAUACAACAAAACGGACAACUUGUCAGUUCUCUUGGUAGUCGAGUUGUUUGUCAUCCGAUAUAAUGCUUUUCCAAGCAUCGUGUCUCAUUUUUCAUUACUGCUACGAGUGCUAUAGUAUUUAGAUAUUUUCUAGUUUGAUACUUUGAAAUAUAACAUUAUGUCAUUACUGGUAUAAUAUUAACUAUAUAUUCUGAAGCAUAUUUAACUAUCUUGCACUUUUAGUCAGUAGUUACGUACUUGGUACUUCCAAAUAUACUGUUUUCAUACAUUCGAA